AAAAAGCAGAUGAUGUUUUGAAUGGAGACCAUGACAAGGAACAGAAAGACCUUUAUUUUGUGGAAACGCCUUAUGGUUAUCAGCUAGACCUAGAUUUUGUCAAAUACGUGGAUGACAUACAGAAGGGAAAUACCAUUAAGAAACUGAACAUCCGGAAGAGACAGAAGCCAUCUGUGCCAUGUCCAGAAGCCAGGGCUAUACCUGGUCAUCAAGGUGUGUGGACAUCCACUGAAUCCCUGUCGUCCUCCAACAGCGAUGACAACAAGCAGUGUCCCGGCUUCCUCCUAGCCAGAAGCCAAGUUACAUCAACCCCAAUCCCACGGCCAUCUGCUCCACUGGAGACCUCACCCACUUUUACCAUCCCAGAAAAUCGGCAGCUGCUACCCCCUCCCUCACCACAACUCCCAAAGCACAACCUUCAUGUCACCAAGACGCUGAUGGAGACCCGGAGAAGACUAGAACAGGAGAGAGUCACCAUGCAGAUGGCACCGGGUGAGUUCAGAAGGCCCAGGCUGGCCAGUUUUGGAGGCAUGGGCUCCACGAGCUCCCUUCCAUCCUUUGUGGGUUCUGGUAUCCACAAUCCUGCCGUGCACCAGCUUCAAAACGGAUUCCAAGGCAACGGGGAUUAUGGCAGCUAUGCCCCAGCGGCUGCCACCACCACUUCCUCCAUGGGGAGCUCCAUCCGCCACAGCCCACUGAGCUCAGGGAUCUCCACCCCGGUGACCAAUGUGAGCCCCAUGCACCUGCAGCAUAUCCGUGAACAGAUGGCCAUUGCCCUGAAACGCCUGAAGGAGCUCGAGGAGCAGGUGAGAACCAUCCCUGUGCUCCAGGUUAAGAUCUCUGUCUUGCAAGAGGAAAAGCGGCAGUUGGCCUCCCAGCUGAAAAGUCAGAGGUCUGCAUCCCAGAAUGAUGUCUGUGGUGUGAGAAAGCGCUCUUACAGUGCGGGUAAUGCAUCCCAGCUGGAAUUACUUUCCCAAGCCCGGAGAAGUGGCAGGGAAUUAUACAUUGACUACGAGGAGGAAGAGAUGGAGAGUGUGGAGCAGAGCACACAGAGGAUCAAGGAGUUCCGGCAGCUCACGGCAGACAUGCAGGCGCUGGAGCAGAAGAUUCAGGACAGCAGUUGUGAGGCCUCAUCGGAGCUCAGGGAGAACGGACAGUGUCCAUCUCGGGAGUAUCAGUCUGUGGCUGUGGGUGACGAUGAGAACAUGAAUGACAUUGUUGUAUACCACAGGGACUUCCAGUCCUGCAAGGAUACAGCUGUGGGGACAGUCACUGAGAUGAGAAAUUUUGGUGUCAGCGUGACAGAAGCCAUGCUCGGGGUGGUCACUGAAGCUGACAAAGAGAUUGAACUGCAACAGCAGACCAUAGAAGCUUUAAAGGAAAAAAUUUACCGCCUGGAGGUACAGCUUAAAGAAACUACCCAUGACCGGGAGAUGACCAAGCUAAAGCAAGAACUGCAAGCUGCUGGAUCCAGGAAAAAAGUUGACAAGGCCACGAUGGCCCAACCGCUUGUCUUCAGCAAGUUGGUCGAGGCAGUAGUGCAGACCAGAGACCAAAUGGUUAGCAGUCACGUGAAUACAGUGGACACGUGUGUUGGGACCUCUGUCCAAACAAGUACAGUAGGCAUCUCCUGCCAACCCAACAGCAAGAAUCAAAUCGUGGGGCCUGAGCUGCCUAUGAAUUGGUGGAUCAUGAAGGAGAGGGUGGAAAUGUGUGACCAAUGUAUAGGGAGGUCUGUGGACACCUGUGACCAGAGUGUAGGUGUGGAAGUCAGUGUCUGUGAAACAGGCAGCAACACAGCGGCUUCUGGAAGCGACCUGACACUCCUUAAGACAAACUUGAACCUCAAAGAUGUGCGGUCUCUUGGCUGUGGAGACUGUUCUGUUGAUGUGACUGUCAGCUUUCCCAAGGAGUGCACCUCCCGCAGUGUGAACACAGAGGCUGUGGGCCAGGUAGAAGCUGCAGUCACAGCAGUGCCCCAUACCACAAACCAGCAUACCAGCACAGCUAUGGAGCAGGUGGACCAGUCCACCAACACUGAGGCGGCCAUCCUUGUGGAAUCCUGCACCAACACUUCCCUCAGCACUCUGGACAAGCAGACCAGCACCCAGACUGUGGAGACGAGAACUGUGGCCAUAGGAGAAGGCCGUGUCAAGGAUGUCAA